AUGCUGCUCAAGAUUCAGAAGACCGCGAAACCUAGGACACGCCACGUUCUUGGGAUCAAGAGCUAUGCUGAACCCACGCGCGAAGCGCCCGUGGCUCACUCGCUCGGGCCACCGCCCACCGCCUCCUCCACUCCUUUCCUGAAACUUCGGCCUCUGUACGCUCCUUGCUCCUCGCGGCAGCGCACCUUGCCCUCGAGGAGCAAGCAUGACGCCAACCGCCGCAACGGUACCGCCGCUCUCAAGCAUCACGCCACGAAUAACCGGCGGCUCCAUUCUUCUCAUCUGGGCGCGUUCCCCUUCAAGCUUUCAGCGCUCGGAACCAGUUAUAUUCUUGACGACUACGAGCUCCUCAUGGCGACAACGAGUCUACAGUAUGACCUACGCUCACGUCUUCAAUGA